AGAGAGGGAAUAUCACUGACAUAUAGAGGAGGAAGGCAACAAAAGUGGAUCAAAUUGGAAAGAGCCACUAUGAGUACAGAAAGAUUAGAUCUCAGUGAGAUGUCUAGCAAUGGGUAUAGAGUGACAGAAGGGAAAAUCAACCGUUCUACAUCAGAUCACUCGAGGAUGCUUCAAGGUGCAGAAUCAGCUUCUCGGGAGAUAAUGCUGUGAAGGCCCUGAGCAGCAAGGCUCAGCCGAACCAAAGCCAGCGAGCUACAGCACAGGGUGGAGGCCGUGAACGGAUUUGAACAAGUGAAGAUAAAAGACAUCAUGAGGACAUCCAGGAAAGGAAGUGUGGAAAUGCCUGCUUUUGUAAGGCAGCUGGUGAAGGAGAACGAGAAAAGCGUCACCUCCUUUUUUAAAGGGGGACGAGGGGGAGGCGCAGGGGAGCUGUCUGAAGGCGAAGAGGGAGGAGAGGAGGAAGGGGUCAUCACUAGCCCCUACUUGGACCGACCGGUUCUGGACAAGCACAUGCAAGAGGGCUGUGCCUCCUGGGGACUUACCUAUGCCCUGGCCAGCAUGCAGGGUUGGAGGGCCCACAUGGAAGAUUUCCACAACUGCUACCCUCAGCUAGGAGGGGAACUGGCCCACUGGGGGUUCUUCGCUGUGUAUGAUGGACACGCAGGGAGCGCGGUGGCCCAACACUGCUCCCGAAACCUGCUGGACCACAUCCUGGGCACAGGAAAGAUCCGAGCAGAUGAGGAUGUAGUAAGGGUCACUGAGGGCAUCAAGGAGGGCUUCUUUCUCAUGGACAAGCACCUUCAUGCCAUGGCCUGCCGUGAGGGUUGGGAACGCGGAGGGACGACUGUCGUUGCCACCGCUAUCACUCCACACCACAUCUACUUUGUGAACUGUGGGGACUCUCGGGCAGUCUUGUGCCGUGCGGGACGGGUGGCCUUCUCGACGGAAGACCACAAGCCCUUCAGCCCCGGCGAGAGGGAGAGGAUAGAGAACGCUGGAGGAUCGGUGACUUUGCAACGCGUGAACGGCUCGCUGGCAGUCUCCCGAGCGCUGGGGGACUUCAGUUACAAGACAGCUGAGUGGCGGCCGGUCACGGAGCAGAUGGUAUCACCAGAGCCGGAAGUGUCUGCUGUGGAGCGCUCGCAAGCAGAUGAGUUUCUGGUUCUGGCCUGCGAUGGUGUGUGGGACACUGUCACUAAUGAAGAGCUCUGUGCCUUCAUACACAGCCGACUGCGUGUCUGCACAGACCUGAGAGAGGUCUGCUCCCAGGUCAUCGACCUUUGCCUCUAUAAGGGGAGCCUUGAUAACAUCAGCAUCGUUCUCGUUUGCUUUCCUGGCGCCCCCCAGCUGUCACCUGAAGCACUGCACCAGGAGGCUGAGCUGGAGGACUUUCUAGAGUCCAAAGUAGCUGAGAUAUUUGAGGAGCUGAGCGCAAGAGGUGAUGAGCCUGAUCUGCUGUCAGUUCUGACAGUACUGGCUUCCACAGUGAUUCCUGGACUUCCACCAGGGGGUGGCCUUCAGAGCAAGCGGAACUGUAUAAUUUCAGCCUACUAUCAGCAGAAAGAGGCACGGCGAUCUAGAUUAGCCCAGGAACUCGGUCCUACAGAUGCCAAUUAGAGUCCGUCUUACGUGUUUUAAACU